AAGAUGAAAAACUGUUCUUUACUGGUCCGUGUACUGGCAACGUUUUCGCUUGCUGGGACAGCAACCUUUGCCUCCACCCUGACCUAGUUUGUAAUGUUCGUCCUGACUGUCCGCAUGGUAACGAUGAACUUGAUUGCCACGAAUUCUUGUUUGCAGCAUUGCCUAGACUGAUGCAUCUCAAUUUAAGCCAGACCCUGAUUUCCGAUUUCAGGGGACUAUAUUUCGGUUACAAACGUACACUACAAACACUUGACUUACGAGGAAUUCCUGCUGAAGAUAUUCAUGACUACUCAUUCCAUGGCCUUAAGAUAAGUCAGGCAUUGUAUACUGAUCAUUUUGAGAUUUGCUGUCCUAAAACUAAAGGCCUAAUCAUUGCAUCGCACGCAUGCAUAGCAUCUGUCAGUGGAGACGCUAUUUCAUCAUGUUUUAAUCUGCUAGGACUUUCAGUUCAGCGAUAUCUCCUCUGGGUCGUAGCAUUACUUGCCGUUCUGGGAAAUGUGACGCUAAUUGUGUAUCGUGUAAUCUGGGAUAGAUCAGUUCUCAAGACAGGAUUCGGUCUGUUUGUAACAAACUUGGGAAUAUCUGACUUUAUUAUGGGGGUAUAUCUGUUCAUUAUUGCCGGGGUUGAUUAUUUCUUUCGUGACAGUUACGUACUUCAUGACAAGACCUGGAGGACCAGUGUUGUCUGCAAGAUUGCUGGAUUUAUGGUGUGUCUUUCCUGUGAAACAUCGACGUUCUUUGUUUUUCUCAUCACUCUAGACAGGUUUCUGGUAAUAAAGUUUCCGUUUGGCCAAAAGAAAUUAUCUAAGUUAAUUAAACUGAGCGCUGUUGUGAUGUCUUGGGUGGCAAGUUUCCUUCUAGCACUGGUUCCCAUUGUGUUUAGUUUUGAAAUAUAUUCAUCCAACGCAAUGUGUCUUGGUCUACCAUUAACAAACACAAAAGCUAAAGGUUGGAUUUACUCAGUUGUCGUUUUUGUUAUUUUUAACUUUAUAAUGUUUCUCUUUACUGCAUACGGUCAAUACGCGAUCUUCCGUGCCAUGUCGGAGAAUAGAAUAUCUAAGACAACAGUUAACAUACCUCGAAGAUAUAACAGUAGCCAAACAGUUGUCCCUUGUAGUUCUUUCUAA